AUGAAUAAAUCGAAGAGCCCUAAUUAAAGAGAUGUUCCAAAUGAUAAUAGCAAAGUCAGAAUAGCAGUUCGAGUCAGACCCACUUUAAACAGCGAAAGCGAGGAAGACUUUGUAUAGUUGAUCGAUGAUAAUACAAUAAAAGUGACUAGGAUUGGGAAUACUCUCCGAAUGAAAUUCAGUGACAUACUUCCUAAGACAGCCAACCAAUAAGAUGUUCAACGAUUGGUUUCUGAAUCUAUAAAGUCGUUCAUAUCAGGAAUAAACAACACUAUUUUUGCUUAUGGAUAAACAGGAGCUGGUAAAACUUAUACAAUAAUGGGUGGAUUGCCUGAAAAUGUAGCUAAUGUUUCCACUGAGAAGUUUCAUCAAGUUAUAAGAUGCAAUGAAAGAGGAAUUCUUCCUAGGGCAGUUCAAUCAAUCAUAUCUCAAUUAUAAACUUAAAUAGAAGAAGAUUAAUGUCGACUUUACUUAUCAUUCUAUGAAAUUUACAAUGAAAAAGUAUAUAGAUCAAAUUAAUUUAAUAGAUUUUCGAUCUUUUCAAUCUAAAAUCUUAAGGGUUGGAUAUUCGUGAAAACAAAAAUGGUGAUGUAAACAUUCCAGAUCUUUCCCAAAUUCGAAUUAUGGAUAUAGAUACAGCAUAUGAAUAUUUGAUUCUUGGAUUAAGAAAUAGAGUUGUUGGAUGCAGUCAUGCAAAUUCAAAGAGUUCAAGAUCUCACUGUUGUUUUUAGAUGACUCUUUAAUAAGUUACAGUUAUAAAUGGAGAACCUGUAUUGCAAGAGUCAUCACUUAAAAUUGUUGAUUUGGCUGGAUCGGAAAAGUUUAAAAUUCCAACUGACUUGACUCCUGAAGAAAAAGAACUCCACAUCUAAGAGUUAACAUCCAUUAAUGGGAGUCUAUCUUGUUUAGGACAUUGCAUCUCAGCUUUGAUUGAUAGAAAUAGAACACAUAUUCCAUUUAGAAAUUCUAAACUGACUAGAGUUCUAAGUGACUCUUUAAGUGGUAGUGGUAGAAUCUUAUUCAUUGUUUGUGUUUCACCUUCUAUAUCUUCCAGUGCUGAAACAUUCUCUACAUUACAGUUCGCUAAUCGAGCCAAGAGAGCUGUUUUGGAUGGUAGAAAUAUCUAAUAACCAAAAACUAAUAAACCUAAAGGUGUAUCCUUAGAAGAGUAUUAAGAAUUAAUGAAACAAUAUCAAAAGGAGAAAUAAAUGAGGGAAGAACUUGAAGUUAUUGUUCAAAAGAGGAAUCAAGGAGAAUUAUUAUAACAGAUAUCAAAAUUAAAAUAAUAAAAUUAAGACCUCUAAGAGCAACUUUAUCAAAUAUAACAACAACAAUAAUAAUAGCCUAUAAAUAUCCCUUAGUAAUAAUAGUAAUAAUAAUAUUCCCCUUUGUUUUCAGAUAAUAAAAAAUCCAUAGCUAUUAAUUCAAAUGACAAAAAAGUGAGAUUUGCAGAUGAUUUUUUAACUGUUCAUAUUAAUAAUAUGGAUAGAGAAGAAAGUUAAGUAUUCGAAAACCUUGCUAUAUUUUAAGAAUUAAAAUAGUUAGAAAAUAAGGAUAAAAAAAAAAUAAUUGUAUUUAUUUGAUAAUUAAAUUUAGAAUUUUGAAGAAAAGUUUAAAAGCUAUUUUGGGUAAUCUGAAUAUUAAACUAAUGAUUUAGCCUAAUUUAAUACAGGAAAAUAGUUUGGUAAUUGAUUAUUUAAGCAAUAAUAGAUUCAAUAAUAAGAAAAGUGAAUGAUAAAUAAAAUAACAUUUCAAAUAUUGUUUAAGAUCUUAAAAAAGAAAUGUCCAAAGCUGUGAAUCAAUUAGAAUAGUUAUAAAGUAUGAAUAAUCUUAUUAUAAUAGAGGAAGACAGAGAACUGAAGAGUACUGACUCGUGUAAAGAAAAGUAAGUUUAUUCGUGUUAUUUUUAGUUUCCUUUAAUACUGAUUAAUAUAUAUAAGUUAUUUAUAAAAAUUAAAUUAAUUUAAAAAUGGGGCUAGCUUGUUCUUCUGGCAGUCAUAAANUACAGCAUAUGAAUAUUUGAUUCUUGGAUUAAGAAAUAGAGUUGUUGGAUGCAGUCAUGCAAAUUCAAAGAGUUCAAGAUCUCACUGUUGUUUUUAGAUGACUCUUUAAUAAGUUACAGUUAUAAAUGGAGAACCUGUAUUGCAAGAGUCAUCACUUAAAAUUGUUGAUUUGGCUGGAUCGGAAAAGUUUAAAAUUCCAACUGACUUGACUCCUGAAGAAAAAGAACUCCACAUCUAAGAGUUAACAUCCAUUAAUGGGAGUCUAUCUUGUUUAGGACAUUGCAUCUCAGCUUUGAUUGAUAGAAAUAGAACACAUAUUCCAUUUAGAAAUUCUAAACUGACUAGAGUUCUAAGUGACUCUUUAAGUGGUAGUGGUAGAAUCUUAUUCAUUGUUUGUGUUUCACCUUCUAUAUCUUCCAGUGCUGAAACAUUCUCUACAUUACAGUUCGCUAAUCGAGCCAAGAGAGCUGUUUUGGAUGGUAGAAAUAUCUAAUAACCAAAAACUAAUAAACCUAAAGGUGUAUCCUUAGAAGAGUAUUAAGAAUUAAUGAAACAAUAUCAAAAGGAGAAAUAAAUGAGGGAAGAACUUGAAGUUAUUGUUCAAAAGAGGAAUCAAGGAGAAUUAUUAUAACAGAUAUCAAAAUUAAAAUAAUAAAAUUAAGACCUCUAAGAGCAACUUUAUCAAAUAUAACAACAACAAUAAUAAUAGCCUAUAAAUAUCCCUUAGUAAUAAUAGUAAUAAUAAUAUUCCCCUUUGUUUUCAGAUAAUAAAAAAUCCAUAGCUAUUAAUUCAAAUGACAAAAAAGUGAGAUUUGCAGAUGAUUUUUUAACUGUUCAUAUUAAUAAUAUGGAUAGAGAAGAAAGUUAAGUAUUCGAAAACCUUGCUAUAUUUUAAGAAUUAAAAUAGUUAGAAAAUAAGGAUAAAAAAAAAAUAAUUGUAUUUAUUUGAUAAUUAAAUUUAGAAUUUUGAAGAAAAGUUUAAAAGCUAUUUUGGGUAAUCUGAAUAUUAAACUAAUGAUUUAGCCUAAUUUAAUACAGGAAAAUAGUUUGGUAAUUGAUUAUUUAAGCAAUAAUAGAUUCAAUAAUAAGAAAAGUGAAUGAUAAAUAAAAUAACAUUUCAAAUAUUGUUUAAGAUCUUAAAAAAGAAAUGUCCAAAGCUGUGAAUCAAUUAGAAUAGUUAUAAAGUAUGAAUAAUCUUAUUAUAAUAGAGGAAGACAGAGAACUGAAGAGUACUGACUCGUGUAAAGAAAAGUAAGUUUAUUCGUGUUAUUUUUAGUUUCCUUUAAUACUGA